AUGAAAGUGAGCCAGAAUAAAUUAAAUAUUCACAAAAGGUUUUAUACUGCAUUAGCGUUGCAAGAUUUAGUAAAUGAAGUGCCUUUGUCUGAAGUUGCUAAAAAGUUUCAGUGUGCCAGAGGUUUUUUGCAAGGCUUACAACAAGCAGCUGCAACAUUUGCUGGUAUGGUGACUGCUUUUUGCCGUCAACUGGGGUGGAAGAAUAUGGAAUUGAUUAUUUCCCAAUUCCAGGAUCGUCUUCAUUUCGGCAUACAUUCAGAAUUAAUUGAGUUAAUGAAAUUAUCUUCUCUAAAUGGAAUAAGAGCUAGGGCUUUAUUCGAUGGGGGGUUAGAAACCAUAUCUGAUGUUGCAUCUGCAGACGUUAAUAUUAUCGAAAACAUCCUUUUAAAGGCCGUCCCAUUCCAAAGUGAAAAAGAAAGAGAAGUUGAUGAUGAGGAUGAUAUAAGAAAACGUAAUAAAAUUAAGAAUAUUUGGAUUACCGGAAAUUGUGGUAUGACUGCAAAUGAAGCUGCUAAAAAUUUAAUAUAUGAAGCGAGAAAAUUCCUUCAACUAGAGAUUGGUGUCACCGAAAUAAAAUGGAAAGAGCUGAAGGUCGCGAAGGCUUCCGACGAUGUUUUAGACAGCGUCAAAGAAAACCUGGGGCGGUGGCUGGGAAAGGAAUCAUUAAGCUUGAAGAUGUUGUCCUUGAAAGCUUCGUACCCUUAUUUCAAAUCGUGUUUCGAUUCUCAUCCAGCAUCACGUUGUGCGGACUUGUUGCUGUCAGAGUGGCUUAUUCAAAGUGAUGAGAAGACAUAUGAUAUUUAUCACUUGAUGAAAAAGUAUUGCGAUAUAGAUUUGUGUGCCGCGCCGAUUAAGAUUGGAAAUAUGGUAACGGAGCUGAAGAAGAUAGACUCCGUUGAAAUCAUGUUGUUAAAAGCUUGGUGCGUGUGGUCGGUGGCUGAGAAGCAACAAAGGCACUUGUUGCAACAAUACCAAGAUAUAAACGAUGUAGUCCGCGUAGAAACGCACGUGUCGAGGAUCCUUGCAGAUUGCGAAUCCAAUGGCCUGCUCGUCGACAGGCAGCUUGCGUCACAACUUUUGAUCGAUGUGAGAAAUUCUCAAGAGAUCCUUCAGAAGAAAGCGUACAAACUGUGCGGAUACCAUUUCAACUUCAACUCCCCGAAAGACGUGGCGAAGGUGCUAGGGAUGUACAAAGGCCGGAAAGUGAGCACGAAGAAAAGCGUAUUGACAGCUCACAACAGCCCAAUGGCUAGCGUUGUUAUAUAUUGGAGGAAAUUGAAUGCAAUACUUACGAAAACCCUGUACCCGCUGACGGAGAGGGCAAGCGUUUACAAUACAGAUAACAGAAUAAACCCCUCCUACACAAUGCAGACUGGCACCGGUCGCAUAACUAUGCGGGAGCCGAACCUACAGAACGUACCAAGAACUUUCUCCGUACCAGUCAAAUAUCUGACGCUGACGAGCGAAAAUGACCUCUGUGCCGACACGAUAGAGUUCAACUGCAGGGACGCGUUCAAGGCAGCGCCGGGCUGCGUUUUUGUUUCGGCGGAUUAUUGUCAGUUGGAAAUGAGGAUACUCACACACUACAGCGGUGACCCUGUUUUAACGGAUAUCAUGAGGUCUGAUGUCGAUGUAUUCAAAGCCAUUGCCGCUUCAUGGAGCUGCGUAUCAGAGGAAGAGGUCGACGACGAUCUGCGCCAGAAAGCGAAACAGCUCUGCUACGGAAUAUUGUACGGAAUGGGCAACAGGACGUUGAGUCAGCACUUGGACGUGACGGAGGCCGAGGCGGCUGUCUUCAUGGACUCCUUCUACAAGACUUACCCGGCCGUAAAGGUGUUCACACACUCUAUCGUAGACACGUGCCGACGGCAAGGCUACGUGGAGACGCUCAGGAAACGGCGCAGAUAUCUGCCGGACAUCAAUAGCACUUUGGCUUUCAAAAGGUGUGCCGCCGAGCGGCAAGCGGUGAAUACGACUAUCCAGGGUUCGGCUGCGGACAUCGCGAAAGCCGCCAUGUGCGCUGUAGAUGACGCGACGCGAAUCGAACGUUUCAAACCGCGCCUCGUCCUCCAAAUGCAUGACGAGCUGAUAUACGAAGUGGAUGAAAGCUACUGCCGCGAGUUCGCCAAAGUUCUGAAGCGGCUAAUGGAGGAGACGGUCCGCUUGGACGUGCCUUUGCCGGUCAAGGUUAAAUCCGGACCCUCCUGGGGCUGUCUUAAUGAAAUUGCCGUCGUG